AUGCAGAGCAUCACGACGGCGAUGAUCUGGAUGUGGAUCGUAGUGCUCAGCUGGCUAGGAUCUAGUGCCUAUGCGAAGAGCGAGGACGUAUUUGACUGUGCGCGCGUCAUUACGCGGGACGGCGCUGCGCCUAUCGAUUUACGACCAGCGUUCGCCUCCGGCGCACUGACCGCGGUCAUUGAGCAAGCGACGCCGCCCACGACGACUGUGACGAGCGUGCGCAUGGACCUGUGUAGUCCUCUGGCGCGGGACAAGACGCUUUCCGAUGAAGAUCAGUGCCCGGCAAAUACCCAUGUAUGCAUGACAGUGGCGAAUCGACGCAAGGAUGGCGCGCAGGCCAUGGCUCAAGUCAUUCCCGUGGCUGGCACGCCGCAGGGCUUGACGGUGGAGCAUGCCAAGUUUGAUACUGGCCAAAAGGAAGAAUGGCAACUGGCGUUCCCUGGCGCUGUGUGGGCUGACAAGGCCCAGCACACGAAGCUCACAGUGACUUGUGCCGUCGAGGGGGAUGUAGUACGUAUGACACAGCUCGCUUACCAGCAGACGGGCACCCUUUCGAUUCGUGGCUACAAUGUGGACGAGGGUCAGCUUACGCUGCAGUGGGAUACACCGCUGGCGUGUGCCGAUCUUCCGACCACACCCCCCCGCCCCCCACCACGCACAAAGCACCGUCGUGGUUGGUUCGCACGGCUGUGUUGGCUUAUCAUCAUAGGCAUGCUGAUCUACCUUGCGGUUGGUGUUUGGUACAACUAUACACAGUAUGGUGCGACAGGCUGGGACCUCUUACCGCACCGCGACUUUUGGCGCGACGUGCCGUAUCGCCUUCGCACAGGUUGGCAGCAGGGUAUGCGUACCGCCACGGCAGGCCGUCGUACCGACAGCUUUUCGCGCGCAGGCUACGAGCCCGUAUAG